ACGGUCUUGGAAUCCACAAACAUCUAUCCGGGCAGAAAUCUUACUUGCGAAUUCAACAAGAGUUGGAAGAAAAGUUGGGACGUCCUGUCUCGCUUGGAGAGGUGUUUGUCGCAACACAUACAAAGGCAGAUGGAAGUUUUUAUUCAGAAGGCCAAACAAGUUGUGGAGACAUAUGAGAAGAACAUAGAGGAGGUAAUGUCUCAAAUGGAGUCUGAUGUUACAGACCACUCCUCGCCAGAUUCUCCUCAUGCAACCCUCCUCCCCAUUCAAGAAAAAGAUGACAUUUUCUUAAAGUGUACUGUAACGAAUGCCAAGGGAACCCCCUUUGGACUUGGAAGUCUCUCGGAGAUAAUCACCAAAGGGAAAAGAAAGGCUACUUAUCCAAGCUCUAGUCCAGAUUCGCUGUUAGAGAUUCAAGAACAACUCCAGGUUGCUCGUCGUAAGCUCGCUGAUCAAGAUGAAGAAAAUGCUCGACGUGCCAGAGAAGAUGCUAGACGUGAUGAGGAGCAACGUGACGCUCAAAACCGCAUUGCAACCUUGGAGAUGCUCGUAUCCUACUUGAAGACUAGUGAUCCGGGGGUUGCAGAAUUCUUGUCUACUCAACCACCAGCCAAUGCGCCAUUAACCACAGCAGCACCAGCAACCAACAUCACUCCAGCCACUGCGACCAAUGUCAACCAACCUGCAACAACCACUUCAGGAGCUAGUUCACCAUCUACUUCACCUGCGACUGCACCAACCACUUCACCUUUGUCAGUAUCAUCCUCUCAUGCUUAACAAACUAAUUCUAUCUCUUUUAAGCCUCUAUAACUAUUUUUUGGAUUGUGUAGUAGUGUUUCUAGAUCCUUAGCCUAAAACUAUUUUCUGUAUAUGAUCGUUGAAUGAUUUGUAUGUUUUUUGUUAAGAUCAUUCAAAUCAGGAUUUUAAUUUAAAUUCAGGUUUUUUUUUUCAAAAUUUAUUGUAUACUGUCCCAAAUUACUAGGUAUAUUUUCACUGAUUUGCGACCAUUUAUAAUUUAAAUAAACACAAACAAAGUACCAAAUUUGUUGUGUAUAUGUCAAGAUUUUGGGACUAAAAAAACUUAGUCUUCAGUCCGUCACAAACAAUUCUGACUCCUUUGCGACUAUCUUGUGACUAAACAGCGACUAUUUUAGGACCAAAAUUCAGAUUUUUAAAGUUUACUGUGGUAUUAAGUCAGUCUUCCAAACGUAGCUAAUUUGUGACUACCAUGUCGUCUGAAAGAAGUCGUCUAUUACGACUGCCAAAGCGAGUCACUAUACUGUCGUUAAUUACGACGGUAUAUUCCGGUCUGUCCGUAGUCGCCAAUUACGACUGCGCCAGUGAGUCACUAUAGAGUCGUUCAUUACGACGGUACGUUUCGGUCUGUCCGUAGUCGCUAAUUAACGACCAUAACCCUUGUCUCCAAUGCGUCGCAAAUAAGGGACUGGUUUGCGACCAAAACAAUUUGCGACC